AUGUUCUAUCAAUGGGUGUCUGACAAUUUGAAUGUUGCUGGGCAAGCCGUUCAAGAAUAUUGGUCGCAUUGUGAGGGCCUGGAGUUUUUUAGCCGGCUCAAUUUGAAGAAAGAAGACUAUGCCACCUGCAUCCCUGUUUACUGGCACAUGGACGGUGUGAAGGUAUACAAAAACCAAAAAGCCUGGAUCUAUAGCUUUUGCAGUGCCACUCGGAAGGGCCUGUCUACAGAGACAAAGCUGGUAUUUACAUUGGUUCGCGACACCAUUGUUCAGAAGCACAGCACGCAUGAUGAGAUUGCCAAGCGCAUUGGUUAUUGCAUGUCAGUUUUGGAAACAGGUCGGUUUCCUCAUGUUGACGAAUAUGGUCGUCCCUUCCCACAAUCCUCUGCGCAAGCCAGCCGAGCUGGCUCAUGCUAUGCUGGCGGGUGGACUGCGAGGUUCGCUGGGUUCAAGGCCGACUGGGAAGGGCGAGUGGUGGCCCACAAGUUUGAAAGAAACUACAGCGCGCACAACAUAUGCGAAAAGUGUAGUGCGACCCGUGCCAAUUUCGGAAACUUCAACGAUGACGCGGCCUACAUGGGAACGCGCCGGUCUUUUGAUGAGUAUGUGCACUCAUGUUCUGCCAGGAGGCUUUCUGCUUGGGUGAAUGUACGUGGUUGGUGCCCUGACAGGAACUUGGAGGGGGUUGCCAUGGUCGCAAUCGCCAGUUGCUUGUGUGAGGAUUUAGAAGAGAAAGACCCACACCAAACUUUGGCACAGCUAGAGAAGCGCAUGGGAGAAGAGUUGUGGAACUCUUACAAAAGCUGGUGCGCUGCACAUCGCAAGACCCCUUGUUCACACCGGUUCAACCUGGCCCGGCUGGGUCGCGAGCAGUGGAAUGCCUUCCCCGAGAUGGGAUCCACCUACAAAGGUGCGGUCAUCAAAGACAUGAUUUACUGGAGCGCAGCCUACCUAUGGCAGCAGCAAGGAACAACUCCGGGUUCAAAUCUUCGGUGUCAUGCGAUGCACGCGCUGGCGACUUUCCAAAAAAAGAUUGACGAGAACCCUGGUUUUUUUAACCGGCGAGUGGCAAGAGAGACCGCCAACUAUGCGCGAGUUUUCUUGCUGUUUUACCAGCGCUUAGCCGCCGACGACAGGGCGAAGUUUGGUGAGGUGCGGCGGUGUUACAAACUGACGCCAAAGUUUCAUUGUAUGGUUAACCUCGCCGAGUACAUUGAACACAGCUGCAGAAACCCCAGGUUUGAACACUGCUACGCCGAAGAAGAUCUGACGCGUCAGAUCGGCCGUGUGGCAAGUGCAACCCAUCCGCGAACUAUGGAUUACACUACCCUCCACCGUUACCGGGCACUGUUGCAGCUGACCGGCGUGUUUCGAAGCCAAGCUGCGGGUGGACCGCGCCGCUGA